AUGGAUGAAGACAACAAUAACAAUAACAAUAAUUAUGUUAAUAUUGAUCUUAAUUGUCUCGUCUUACGUGAACAUGCAUUUAUGAACGGACCAUUUUAUUUUUUCAGAAUUCACGUUUCUAAUAGAGAUGAUGUUAACGCAAUAAUAACUCAAGUUCAGGCUAAUUUACCAAAUGGAUUAACUAAUGUUCCUUAUCGGCUUCGUAGAUUGAAUCCUACCACCGGGGACUACCUCAUAAAUAUGAAUCAAGAUAGUAGGAUCUAUGACCAUUUCAGCGCGAAUCCUGAUCAAAAUGUUAUUCACCAGGUCAUAUUGACUGAUUUUAACUAUGAAUUACAAUUACUUUUAGCAAAACCUUUAUAUAUGCAAUUUAAAAAUCUGGUUGAGUAUAUACACAUCAUAGAAGGUGAAAAUAUAGUUAUAAUCAAUAGAAGUACUCAGGAUGUGAAAGCGAUAUUUGAUUAUGCAGAG